AUGAGCACGCUCCAGAAGAUAGCGGAGAUCGAAAGUGAGAUUGCGCGGACGCAGAAAAACAAGGCGACCAACUUCCAUAUUGGCCUGCUCAAGGCCAAAUUGGCUCGUCUGCGGCAGCAGCUAAUUGAGGGUGCGUCGAAGUCCAGCGGCGGCACCGGUGAGGGCUUCGAUGUGAUGAAAACGGGCGACUCGCGCAUCGGCUUCAUCGGUUUUCCGAGCGUCGGCAAAAGCACUCUGUUGACGAAACUCACGGGGCAGUAUAGCGAAGCGGCGGACUACGAGUUCACCACGCUUACGUGCGUGCCCGGCGUUCUGAAGUACAAAGGCGCGCGUAUCCAGCUGCUCGACUUGCCGGGAAUCAUUGAAGGCGCUGUCGACGGCAAGGGUCGCGGCAAGCAAGUAAUUGCCGUUGCGCGCACGUGCAACCUCAUUUACAUCAUUCUGGACUGCUCGAAGCCGUACCGGCUGCUCAACUGCAGCAUUUCUUUCAAGUGCGAUCCAACCGCCGACGAGCUAAUUGACGCGAUCGAGGGCAACCGCAUCUAUGUGCCGUGCAUCUACGUAAUGAACAAGGUCGACUCAGUGCCCGUGGAAGAGUUGGAUGUGCUCGCGAAGUUGCCGAACACCGUGUUCAUCAGCGCCAAGGAUGAGUGGAAUUUAGACGGACUGGUGCGUUACACGUGGUCGCGGCUGGAACUGAUUCGCGUUUACACUAAGCCGCAAAAGAAGGUGCCGGACUUUACGGAGCCUGUGAUUUUGCGGCGCGCGCACCGCACGGUCGCAGAUUUUUGCAACCGCAUCCACCGCAAACUGCUGAGCGAGCUGAAAUAUGCGAUGGUUUGGGGCAGUUCUGUGAAACACAACCCUCAAAAAGUGGGCAAAGAUCACGAACUGGCCGACGAAGACGUCGUGCAGAUCUGCAAGUAG